AUGAUACAGUUCCUGCUGGUUGGCAUCACAGUUGUCGGCUCUCAGCACAUGACUCUAUGCGACUACUACGAAAAACUUGGUGAGUUUUGAGUUGCACAAACAACUGUAAGUAUCAAUGCAUUCUUGCAGGGGUAGCAAAAUCAGAGUGUGGGCACAUUAUAAAACCGCAACACGAUCUUGGAUUCUACAAUCCGAAUACAUUCGAAGCCCCGAACACUUUCCGGUGAGUACCUGUAGUUUGGGUUUCAAUGCUUACAUUCAUAUUGCAGAUUCAGUAGCUAUAACACGAACAACAACAACAAUAUCAACCCGCAAUUCAACGUAUUUCGUUCCUUUUCCAAUAGUAAGUGUCUGCCGUACCUCCUAGGCCAAUUUCUAAUAAAUGUUUAUCAUUCAGACCUCGUCGGAACUCUUCCACUCUGCCGCAAUUACUUCCAUUCGUGCAUGAGCUCCACUGCUUGCGAGUCUGGAGUCAUUUGCACAAACGGAAUCGAGCAGGGCUCGUGCUGCACGAAUCCGCACCGUUCCAACUGUCCCUCGGCCACGUCCAUGAACAUCAACUGCCGCAAAACGAGAAGUGUCAAUUGGUAAGCCAUUGGAAAAAAGGAAGCAGGGGGCACCCGGAGUUAAACCGGGGACCUCUCGAUCUGCAGCCGAAUGUUCUGCCACUAACACAGGUGAAAUGCGGAGGAAGCAUAUGGGUCUAAUGUGCUUGAAACGCGGAUCGCGCGUGGAAACUAUGAGAAUGGCACAUGCUUCCUUUAUGGACCCAUAAAGGAUCCCCCGCGAGCGGCCGGCAGGGCGCCCGAAAAUGGAAAACGCGCGCGCGCCCGCAAACCCGAAUUCGUGACCCUCCCCGUACAAUGCCCAUUUCUGAAGCAUAUGCUCUCUCAGCAUUUCACCUGUAGAGCUAUACCCCCACACGAAAAAAAAUUGCCGCUUAAUGAUAAGAUUUGAGAGAUGGAAAAUAUGUUGGGGAGAAAAGAAAAAUGAUAAGAGAAUGUUGCCGCAGGUGUAACAGUGAUGUGGACUGCCGCGGAGCGUCGACGACGGCGUCCAUGUGCUGUCCGACCGGCUGCAACUACAACAUGUGCGUGCACGUCGGCGCACAAGUCUACCAUCCGAGAAGAAGCAUAGGUACUUUUAUUCUUCACUUCUGCUCUCAAUUUAUCUGCUUCAGUGUUCAACUCCCUGUCUCCAGUGGGCACCGACUCGGAUCAGUGCCCGGAUCCUUUCCAGCUCGACGUCAAAUGUGUGACCACGAAGGGCGCCAACUGGUGUUAUACUGACACCGAUUGCCGCAGUGGAUUGUACACGAGGAAGUGAGCGAUGAGGUGGUAACACCUUUUCUCUAAAGAAGUUAAUAUUCAGAUGCUGCGCGACGAAUUGCGGAUACAACACGUGUGUGAUGAAGUUCAAUGACAAGUGGAUCAUCGCUUGA